UCAUUAAUAGCACAAUGAUGUUUGUCCUCUCCUCUCAACAACUCAAGAACAGCAUGUCCCUUUUGCCAAACAUAAUUUGUAAAUCUCCAACAACAAGAGGCCACAGAAGAUAACGGUGCCUGUUGCUCCAAUACCAGACAUUUGUUAACAAUUAGGCCGGUCCUCAAGACUGACUCACUGAAGCACGUGCACCGUGGCCCACCUCCUUUUCUCCUCCUUCUCCCUUCAUCGACUCCCUCCCUUUCCCACACAGAAACAAUCACUCCCUCUCUCCGGCAUGUUUCCCAAAGCUGCACAUGGUUACUGUCCAAGGUAUUACUUUCCACUGGUUCUAUAGCAAAGAGGAAGCUUGUUAUUGAGGGUUCCUCUUGACACACCAGCUGUUGGAUGCUGUGUCCUCGACAUUGGAUUAGUCUGCAGGUUUAGUGACUUAUUUCUUGUCAGCAAACCAGUAUUCUUCUUGACUGAUGCUCUGGAGUCUGAUGAGUCUUGACAGGUGAAAUAUAUUUGGUCUCAAGUCUCCACAUUCGUCUUUACCAAACUGACUGGGGGUGAAUCAACAUGAAAGAUAGCUAUUGUGGCUACGAGAACCAGCUUUUUAAUGAGGAGGACUUAACUGGAGAAGAAGAGGAAAUUCCUCCCCUGAGAGGAAGGGCAAGAGGAGGAUGUAUGAAAUGUCAGCAGACACAUUCUCUUACGCUAGCUGUCAAAAUGCUCUAUGGCUUUUUAGCUUUACUCAUCAUUGCUGUGGCCGUCUUGGCAACCCUUGUUUUCAGGAGAGUUGAUAACUUAUCUGAAGAGGAAUCAUUUUAUCACAAACAUAUUUCCAAAGUCCAGGAGAGUAUAAAAGAUAUCAGCACUGCAAGCAACUAUUCCAACUGCUUAGAUGUUGCACAAUUCCAAGAGGAGAUAGCCAGACUGAAGAAGGAGUUUGAGGAGACCCAGAAGAUGGUACUCGAUCAAAAACAGCAGUUGGACCAGGCGAUCCAGUCUCAGCAAAGUCUUACGCAAACCAGCAACAGAAUGACGAGAGAGCUCCAGGCCUAUGGAAUCGUCAUUAAGCGUAUAAACCAGUCUGUGGGCCAAUACCUGGAUCAGGUAACAGGCUGGCAGGUUGUCAUUAAUGAAACAGAACAAGGGAUGAAAACCCUAAUUGAGGAUCAGUAUGAUUUGAAGGCCACAAUGCAACAAGUCAACACCACUGUUGCUCUUAGUGCGUCGUGGAUAGGUGCUCUUCAGAGGAAGGCCGAAGAGGAGACCUUGGUGCUCCAAAAAAUAACAGCGGACUGGCAGAAUUACAGCAGAGUUUUAAGUGCCAUGAAAUCCAAUGCCAGCGUAACCAUGCAGACCGUGAGGGCUGUUCAAAGUGGCGUCUCUGCCACUCACCAGCGGAUCAGCAUGAGCUCAGAGAUGGUGCAUGACCUCACUCUGCAAGUCAUGAACCUGCAGAUGCAACUGGACAAUGUCUCGUCUUACAUCGACGAACACGAGGAGAACAUGCACGACCACCAGUACCACACGAAGUACUACGAAAACCGGACCGGGGAGCGAUUUGUGACAUUGGAUGCAAGGAUGAACUCCAUUGAAAUGGAGAUCGACACAGUUUCUUCCAGCAUCAAUGCAACCGUCAGCCAUGUUCAGAGCAUGUACAAAUACAUCAACAUAGAGAGUUCCUCUUGCCAAUCCAGACUGGGCAGUCACACUGAAGAUUUGCAGAACUUAAACAACACAGUCCUGCUUCUUCUUCACCUAGCCGACACUCUCAGAAUGCAGUACAUGAUGCUGAAUGUGCGCCUCGAAGAUGAUGUGAGGAACCUAUCAUUGGUGAUGGAGGAGAUGAAGCUUGUAGACACCAGUCAUGCAAAGCUGAUCCAGAACUUCACUAUUCUGAAAGGUAUGCCUGGUCCACCUGGUCCAAAGGGAAGCAGGGGAGAAUCGGGAGCCAAAGGACCACUAGGUGUAUCUGGACUGAAAGGAGACAGGGGACUUGCAGGAAAUCGUGGACCUCAAGGAUUAAAGGGCGCUAUGGGAAUUAAGGGGGAUCAAGGUUUGCCAGGAGUUUCUGGAAUGAAAGGUGGGCCUGGACUUAAGGGAGAAAAAGGGUCUUUAGGGCAACCAGGGCCUCGUGCUGAAAAGGGGCUGAAGGGUGAUAUGGGGGUUCCUGGGAAGGACGGAAUUCCUGGCCCCAAAGGACCGCCAGGAAUCCGGGGACAAGCCGGACUCCCAGGGGUACAUGGACCUCCGGGACCGGUAGGAAUACAGGGCGCUGUAGGACCACCGGGGCCACCUGGAAUACCCGGUCCACCAGGGGAGCCUGCUCAGAAGUCAUGAACAGAUAGACAUACAACUUAAAAAUAACCCAAAUGGUGAUACACUGACUGCCUUUCUGGAUACGGUUAUGAUGUUUCUUGCAGUAGAAUGGUGGUGGACGUCAACUUGGAGAUCUGUCUCUAAACAAGACGAUGGUGGGGACUCUUUGGAAUCUUAGAGGCCCACAUGCACAUUCCCCAAAAAUGAAGCUUGCUCUGAACAACGAUACACUAUGUAUAGGCUUUCAACACAAGAAAAGCGCUCAAACACAAUUCUGUAAAUGAGCCACUUCACCACAAUCUUGUUUUAACAAUCAAUAGAGCCAGGCUUCUAUGAAACCAUAUCCAUUGGACUUAAUAAUUCGCCAGCAUCAGCAUUUGAAGACAGAUAAACAUUCGACAAAUCAUACUUUUGCUUUUUAUGGAGUGUAUGUAUUAAUAGAGCAACGUUUUCCAUUUUGUAUUUGCAUUAUAGUACAGCAACAUUUUCCACUUUGUAUUUGCAUCAUAAUCCCAGAACAUUCAGAGCAGGUACUCUGAAACAUGAUUUUUAUUAUGGUUUCAAGUAAACCAAAUAUUUUCACUCAUCAACGCAACGGUAUUCUUGGUACAAAAUUGAUAAAACACUGCGAAAAGUAUGAUGAACUCAUUGCAUUGCAUUGCAU